AUGGCGGAAGUAGAACUGGAACAGCAACAGGGCGGAGGGCUCCAGACGGCGAAAGAUCUCUUCUCUGGCGCAGUUGGAGGCAUUGCGCAAGUCCUGAUCGGCCAGCCCUUUGACAUCGUCAAAGUCCGUCUCCAGACAUCGACCCAGUACGCAGGCGCCCUCGAAGCCGCCGCCUCCAUCUACAAGCAUGAAGGAGCCCUCGCCUUCUACAAGGGCACGCUGACGCCCCUCAUCGGCAUCGGCGCCUGCGUGUCCGUGCAAUUCGGCGCAUUUCACGCCGCUCGCCGCUGGCUCGAGGCCCGCAACGCCAGCAGCGGCCACAGCACGACCGACCUCAGCUACGCGCAGUACUUUGCCGCGGGCGCCUUCGCCGGCGUGGCCAACGCGCCGCUGUCGGGCCCCAUCGAGCACAUCCGCAUCCGCCUGCAGAGCCAGCCGCACGGCGCGGGGCGCCUCUACAAUGGGCCCCUGGACUGCAUCCGCAAGAUCAGCGCCCACAACGGCGCCCUCAGCGGCCUGUACCGCGGCGAGGCCGUCACGGUCUGGCGAGAGGCCUUUGCCUACGGCGCGUGGUUCACCACGUUCGAGUAUCUCAUGAACUCGGACGCCGCACGCAACGGCAUCGACCGCAAGGAGAUCCCCACCUACAAAAUUGCCCUGUACGGAGGCCUUGCCGGAGAAGUCCUCUGGCUGGCCAGCUACCCCUUCGACGUGGUCAAGAGCAAGAUGCAGACCGACGGCUUCGGCGCCCAGCAGAAAUACCCGACCAUGCGGGCUUGCUUCGCUUCUACAUUCCGUGCCAAUGGCCUCAGGGGAUUCUGGAAGGGCAUUGGACCUACACUGGCGAGGGCUAUGCCCGUGAGCGCGGGCACUUUUGCCGUGGUAGAAAUGACUAUGCGAGCUAUCAACUAA